CACAAAAAUUAAUCCACAGGGUUGGCCUUUUGCAAGUAAGUAAGUUUUGGAAGGUCGGAGGCUGAGUCGGAAAUAAGUCACGCAUGAAGCAUUAAGCAACGGUGAGACGGUCCGCAAUCCCUCACGGCCUCAGCUGCAGUCCCACCAUACGGGGAAGUCAGAUCAGCAGGAAAGGCCCCCAUAAAUAGGCACAGUCUGUAGUUGCGCCUGACAUAAUUCCCUCUGCCGAUGCUGUUGCUCGCUAGCUCGCCAGAAAUCGAGUCAUGGGCGCUAAUUUGUCGUACACUAGAGUGGACCUGAGUGGUCGUGUUGCAAUCGUAACCGGUGCUAACUCUGGUACAGGCUAUGAGACUACGAAAGCCCUGGCCAGGAUGGGGGCCAAGGUCAUCAUGGCCUGCAGAUCACAGAGCAGAGCAGAGCAGGCAAUGGAUCGCAUGAAGUCCGAGCUUCCCGACUCCCAGCUGGACUUGCAAAUCAUGAUUUUAAACCUUGCAUCGCUGCGCUCGACCGUGGAGUUUGCAGAGGAGUUCCGAAGCGAGCACGACAAGCUGAACAUCCUGUGCUGUAAUGCUGGCUACAUUGGUGACAAUUUUGAGGUGACGGAGGACAGAUUAGAGGCUGUUUUCCAGUCCAAUUACCUAAGUCAUCUUCUUCUCGUAACUCAACUCGUUCCGUUGAUGAAGACUUCCGGGCCUGAUGCACGUAUCGUUUCCGUAUCAUCAUCCGGACAUCAAGUCUUUGGCAAGAUGAUGCUACCAGAGACGAAUGUGCGCGCCGCCUAUUCACAAACUGUCACAUACGGUGCGAGCAAACUGUACCAGAUUCUGAUGACGGGGUGGCUUCACCAGCGAUUGCGUGGGACCAACAUCAGCGCAACUAGCCUCCACCCUGGUGCCGUCCACACCAACUUCAAUGCCGGCGGCUGGAUAGGCCUCGGGAUACAGCUGGGCUACUAUUUGGGUAUAAGUCGCUCGCCGGAGCAGGGAGCAGCGUCCAGUAUCUACGCGUGUGUCAACCCUGAGCUGGCCGGUCAGGAGAAUCUCUAUAUCACUGACUGUCACCCAGCUACUGCGUCCUCUACAGCAAGGGAUGUUAACAACCAGGACAUGCUGCUUGACUACAGCCUUUACCUGCUAAAGGAUUACAUCACCGAGGAAGGAGCUGAGGCGCUGGACAUCCAUCUCUCUGCCCUGCCGACACCCCCGCCGGAGUGGCUUGCCGCGCCAACUGCUGAAUGAUGUGCAUGCGUUGUAGACCACGAUGAUUCGUGACUGGUUCCAACUUUGAACUAGACACACAGGAUAACUCACUCUCUGUGUAUGCCGUGUACUCGUUCCGCACCGGAAGCAAAGCGUAGAUUCUACGUGUAUGCAGUGUGUGUACUUGUUGCAGUUCGCGCUGUUGCCUCUGGAGGUCACCACUUGACGGCGUGGCCUUUUCAAGAAUCUCACUAGAGACGCCUAACUAAAACGUAUCUUACGCCACUAAUUGACCUGCAUUUUUCCCAUGGCCAUGCAAUGAAAAGAGAGGAAAUCAUUGCGUCUAUUGGCGAGCUUGCGAAGCCGGCUUGCGUUUUUCUUCACUUCUUAUCUGGCGACAGCACUAUCUAGUCUUGGUGAAUUUCUCAACUUUACGCACUUUUCUUUUUCUUGCAUCCCUCCCUGUCAUUCUCCUUUUGUGUAUUCUCCAGACCUCCGGCUCUGUCCCCCCUGUAUACUUUUGAAGUAGAGUAUUAUUUAUUAUAACUCACUCCCUUCGCCAUCAACAGCGCAUCAACACUGACAACAGUGCAUCAACAGUGCGUGCGCAUGAGGUCGCCGGACUUUACUUUCCGAAGUGUAGCGCACUCAGUACUUUGGCCCAGAUUAAUUCGGAUCAUGUGAUAGUAAUUGUUGCGCAACGGGUUAGUUAUGGUGAAAGACUACGUUUCAUGGCUUCUUUCUGUUGUGUUUCCUUGGUUUUUAUUUUGUAUUGUUUUUGGGUUUCCCUGUUGACUUUGUUGCUUUGUUUGGCCUGCACGUUGCAGUGUUCGGGCUGAUCACGGGCGGUUAUGUCAUUGUUAUGGGCGGUUAUGUCAUUGUUACGGGCGGUUAUGUCAUUGUUACGGGCGUCACAAUGAUUAUGUUGAAGUUGCGCGCGCAUGCUCAUAUGCUGCCACAAUGUUUGUCCUUUGCUUCAGCUACCAGUUUUGCCUCGU